UCAGUCCGAAUAAACCUUUUGUCUGUUUCAGCCAAGUUUUUUAAUGACCUGGCACGCGCACAAAUCCCAACUGUUUUUAUUCGCAAAAUUAAAGAUACAUUUGCGCCAUACAACACAAAAAAGCGCACUUGUGCAAACUUCCCAUGUCCGCUUUGCGCAUCAUUCUGCUCAUCCUUUAACUCGCUCCCGUCCGUGUCUACGCCGGGCGCGCGCAGCGGGAGGACCGUCAGUUACCUGUGAAGGCAAAGCCCUCCAGAGCGCGCACAGAUGCGCGGUGACCUUUCUCCUCGCGUGUUCCCCCCACCCCCCACAGCCUCUCCGCCGUGACCCACGUGCGCAGCAGGGAUGAUGUAGGACAAGAUUCAUCCUCUCUGCCAUCUCACGCGCUCUGCUGUCGCCCGGGGGGUCAUGCGCGCCGCGCGCGCUAUGCGUCUGCCUGUGGGUCUGUGGUUGGAGACAGAAAAAAAGGAGGAAUAAUGGACGGAGGGAUGGAAAAGAAAAGAGCAGCCGCAGGCCCGUAAUGAUGCUGUUUUUCUGCUGUCAGUAAACAGAUGCAGUUGGAGGACCUGAGAACGCGCUGAUGCUCCUCCAAGCAGAGAUCUUUGUAGCAUUUAUGUCCCACCUGCAUCCAGUCUCACCUGCAUCUAGACUCACCUGCAUCCCAUAGCAGCCUCCCUGACUCACCUGGAUACCCGACUCACCUGCACCCCUGACUUACUUGCAUCCAGAUUCACCUUCUACCAGACUAACCUGCAUCCCUAAGCCCUCUGUCCCGCCUCCAUCACUAAUGAUUUCCCUUCAUAAGGCCGUUCCUGCACCAGCAGUCCUGCCGCCGGCUGUGUUAUCAGCAGCAGCAGUGCCGUGCUCACUGAAUUUACAACUCAAACCUGCCAGAGGAGCGUGCACCACGCAGUUUAAUCCUGAUCCUGUCCCGAGGCGUCCUUCCCUCGUCAGAGCGGUUAUUGUGCGAGCGGAAACAAAAGCCGAGACCAUCUGAAGCCUGGAGCCCCUUCCUGCUGCUGAUGAAGUGUCUGUGCUCCUGAUGUACGCCACAAAGGCAGGAGGACUGCAAAUCAAAUCGCUUAAAUCUAUUGAAGCAUCUGUUUUCAUUCUCCAGAGAGCAGCCUGAUGUGGAGCAGGGGCCCCUGAGCCCCCCAUCACCACUGGAAAGGAAAACAAAACCUGUCGCCCAGGAAUUGUGGGACGGUUCUUUCGUCAGCCAGCUGUGCGAGCCGGGCGUCGACGGCUGGAGUGUCAGAGCCACAUUUCUCUGUCUGAGCUUCGAGCUGCUGUUCUUGUUAUCAGCAGAUGUUCGUUCCUUCUCUUUUGUCCCACAACAAGAGGAGAGCCUGUCAGUCUGGAGCUUCAGGAGUUCAGGAGGAAGUUUGGACCAAAACAGACCGUCUCCUGAUGUCAGCUUGAGUCCCAUCACCCGCAGAGCAAACGGCUUUGGUUUGGCAGCGUUUGUGAUUAAUGGAAGAUCAAAAGCCCAGCGUGAAACGCUCCUGAGGGGACGGGAAUGCCGGGGACACAUAAACAUCAUUACUGAAGAGGAGGCAGAGCGCGGAGGCACGGAGCAAACAGCAUUUUUGUCAGAAUGAUGAUCUAUAUUCACCUGUGGCUUUGAUGAUGAUGAUGAUGAUUGCCUCUGCAAAGCCACUCUGACUGAUGAAGAGACAGUUUGCACUCAGGGAUCUUGUAUGAUUACCUCCCAUCAGUUUGCAGUGAUGGAUGGAUGGAUGGCUGCACCUUUUUUUUUCUUCCUCACUCCAAGUGGAAAAAAAAAUCCCAUCUCCCCUCGCUCUUCCGUGCCCAGUGGCAAGAGCUUAGAAGCGUACAAAGGAAAGUUCGGUGCUGGUGAAGACAGCUAUAUUUAUCUGGAUAUGUAGCUCUCUGCUGGGCUUAGAGGCUUAAUUACCCACAAGAAGGAAGCAAAAAUGAAAUCGUGAAGGAUGCAGAGCCGGCGGUGGGGGUAGGAUGGAGUGCUCCUGGAAGACGGUGCUGCUGCUGGUUUGUGCGUCUCUGGGGGUCCAGUACACGGCCAUCCGGACCCUGAGGGACUCGCUGUCCGGGCCGUGUCAGGGAGCCUACCGCUGCCACAGCAGACGCCACGGAGAGCCUCUCUCCCUGUGCGACGACGGCUGGAUGUCGGUGGAGUCGCCACGGAAACACAUCCUGGUGUUUGCCACCACGCGGAGCGGCUCCUCCUUCACCGGACAGCUCCUCAACCAGCAUCCGGAGGUCUUCUACGUCUUUGAGCCUCUGUACCACGUCCAGCAGGCCUUCACCAACUCCAGCAGCAGGAUACGCCGCACGCUGGACCGCCGCGCCCUGCUGGGGGCCUACAGGGACCUUCUGCUCAACCUCUACACGUGUGACCUUCACUUCAUGGAGAACUACAUCCGGCCCGAGCCCCAGGACCACGUCACCAGCUCCUUUUUUCGGAGGAGCUCCAGCCACGCCCUGUGUUCUCCUCCUGUUUGCUUGGAGGAGGAGGCUGCAGCAUCUUCUGAUCUGCCCGAUGAAAGCUGGUGUCCAAAGAGGUGUGGAGCUCUGAACCUGAGCCUGGCCUCCAUGUCGUGCCUUUCAAAGAGACUCGUUGCAGUAAAAACAGUGAGAAUUCCUGAGGUGGGAGAUCUGCGGACGCUGACGGAGGACCCUCGCCUGGACCUGAAGAUCCUUCACCUGGUGAGGGACCCCAGAGCCAUCCUGGCCUCACGCAUGACGGCUUUUGCAGAUCAGUUUCGCGCUUGGAAAAUCUGGAAUGUGACGGGGCGUCAGCCCCGGUACGUGGACCUGUCCCAGAUCACCAGCACCUGCAAGGACAUGGCAGCGUCUGCAGAAACGGGCCUGCAGGGACCGGCGUGGCUGCACGGACGCUACCUGCUGGUGCGCUACGAGGACUUGGCUCUCCACCCAGAGACCAAGGCGACGGAGAUCUACAGGUUUGUGGGGCUGGAGAUGGACCAACGAGUCAGGACGUGGAUCUCAAAAAACACCAACAGCAACGCGUCGGCUCAGGCCGAUUGGAAUUACAGGUACUCCACCUCGCGGGACUCCAGGGCCACAGCGGAGAACUGGAGGCUGCGGCUGGGCUUCGACGUGGUCCGAAAGAUUCAGAGUCUGUGCAAUCACACGCUGGCUUUGCUGGGAUACAAGCAGGUUCAGUCUAUAGCCGAGCUGCGGAACCUGUCCACCAGUUUGGUGGAGAACAAAACCUUCCAGCCGCUCACGUGGUGAGGGAUCCAGAACUCCUUUAUUUAUUAAAAUGAUUUGUAUUUAUUCUUGUCUGUCAACAUCCUGAUGGAAAAAUAAACACAUCUUAAUUUUGAAA